AUGAAUAAAGCUGAAAAAGAAAAACGUUUUAAAGAUGCAAUCUUAGAGAUAAAAAAUGGUUCUAAAAUUCGUGUUGCUGCUCUAAAACAUAUGGUUGCUGAAAGGACAUUAAGGCGAAGAUUCCAUAAAUGGUGUGAUAGUGAAGAUAUUGCAAUAGGAUAUCAAAACAACCUCCGUGAAUAUAGAGAAAAUGUUGACAGAAACUGUUUAAAAGAUGAAAACUUAUCAACAGAAUUAUUAAGUCACAUUCAUGAUUUAAAUGCUGUGAUUCCUGCAAAAAAUAUGUUUUCUAAUUUCAAAAACUAUCAUGAGAAGUGUGGUUUGUGUUUCAAUAUAGUUUCGUCACAUGAGUCAAGAAUUAAACUGACAGACAAUAUCCGGAACAUGAUUUAUUCCAUCUUACAAAUCCGAAUGUUGUCGGAUGCAAACUGUUCAAACUUUUUGUGCUUCAAAUGUCAUGACGAUUUGAAGUAUUUUUAUAAUUUUAAAUGUGAAAUAAGAGAGAAGCAUGAUAAUUUCAUAAAAUUCAUAUCAGUGGCAAUUGAAAAAUGUUAUGACGAUUUUUCUCAACCAUUUAACGAGCCCCUCAUUAAAAUUGAAGAAAUAAAAACUGAACCAGAAUUUCCUUCGUCUCUGAUAUUUUCUGAACCCUUAGGAGAAUUGAAUUCUCCAAUUAUAACUGAAAAGAUAAAUGCCAGUGAAAUAAUAUUUAAAAAAGAACAUUGCAAAUCUUCUCCGAUUGAAGUUCCUUCAACAUCGGGAAAUUAUCAAAAUCUAGGGGAGAAUAUUUCUUUAAAACAUUCCAGUAAAAGUCCAAUUGUAAAACCAAAGAUUAUUGAUCAUCAAGACAUUUCAAAAUCCCAACUCCUUCCUUGUGAUUUUUGUGGAAAAAAAUUUAUGCGAGGUCAAAGAAUGGAACUUCAUCGUACAAGAGUUCAUUUGAAAAUUAAAAACUUUGAAUGCGAUAUUUGUGGUCUAACAUUUUAUGGAAGAUGCAAUGUCGCUUACCAUAUGGUUAAACACAUUCCUAAAGAACAUCGAUCUAGAGAUUAUCAAUGCGAUAUUUGUAACAAAUUAUUUUAUGACAAGAAAAUGAUUAAAAUUCAUAUGAGAAAAUGUCAUGGAAAAGAAGGAAAUUUUCCGUGUUCGUUUUGUGGAAAAUCAUUUUCGACUAAAUAUAAAUUAUACUAUCAUAAGAAUAAUAAUCAUUCAAUGAGAAAUCGUAAGAUUGAACUUAUUUGCGAGAUGUGUGGGAAAGUUUUGCGAAGUCAGAAAGCAUUAUUUAAUCACAUGGUAGGAGUUCAUAAAGUUUGGGAAGGGAACACAGAACUUCAAAGAACUUUAACGUGUGAGAUUUGUGGAAAACGUUUCUUCUUCGAAUCAGAUCUCAAAAGUCAUAAGAAAGUUCAUGGAGAAAAAAACGUAUCUUGUGAUUUCUUUGGAUGUCCAAAGAAAUUCAAAUCGAAUAAAGAACUUUACGAUCACAAAAAGUAUCACAAUCCUCGAAAAAAGAUUCCUUGUUCAUUUCCAAAUUGUGACAAAAGCUUCUUUACAAACCAACACCUCAAGUCACAUGUCUACACUCGUCAUCAUAAAAUUCGUCAACCUUGCCCUGUUAGCAAUGUUUGCGGUUUCUCAGUGGGAAGAAAAGAUUACAUGAGAAUUCAUUUAAAGAAGCAUACAGAACUUUCUAAUGAAGAGUUAGAAAAAUAUUCCAAAAUAGUAUCAAGUAUGAAUUUAGCAUAAAUAUUUAUGUUGAUUAUUCAUGUCUGAAUUUUCCUUCAACAUUAGAAAACUGCA